AUGCAUCAAAGUCUAAGUACUCCCAAGGCAAGGCGGAACCACGUCCAUUCUGCUGUACACCGAUUAGAGCAUUCUCCAACUCUAGCACAUAGUAUGGCACGCGUUGCACGCAUUCCCGUUCCUGCAGUGACCCUGCCUGUUUCCACGAUACCUCCAAUUGCUGCAUAUGCAGGCCUCCGUACAAUGCAUCCUGGCACGGCAAAUGAUUGUCGUGUCGAAAGUUAUCAACGACACCAGCGUCCAUCCUCUCGGGCUGCACGAGCCUCUGGGGAACUCAAUGCUGCGACUGUACGCCGUGGCACAUCUACCACUGUGACUCAGCGCUUUCGUGCUGCUGCGACCACUCAAAGCACCAGUGCAGGAGCUCCUUGUAGCACCGGGCAGGAUGAAAUGCAUACGAGCUUUAUGGUGGGGUUUCUGCCAUUUGUGCCCCGCGGAUCUGUUUACUCUGCUCCGGAUGAAGCAUCUCCCGAAUACAAGUGGGAUGGAGAUCAAGUUGCCGCUGUUCAGCGCACUCUUGGUCAAGCUAAUUUGCUCUUCCAAAUUGACUUUAGAGUGGUCGAUGGUCCUGUCUGGGAUGCCUUUGACCAGCAGAUAAUUGAGCAUUGUGAGCUGUUUGAGAUUACGCUUGCCCAGCGUUCUUCCGGAACUCCUCGUGCUCCUUCAACACUCGCAUGGCAGCUUAUCACCCCAGGUGGACGACGAGGUCAAAAGAACUAUCUGCCUUAUCUUGACAUGACCCCAACCAACUUCACACUUGCGAAGCUGAAGUCAGCUCCAUUUGGCCAAACGAUACCGAACCACUGUGAAUAUGGCCCUGAACUCAUCUUAUUUAUCGGUGAGAGAGCACAAUUACUGCAUGCAAUUUAUUGA